GCACCCUGCUGGCCGAGUUCUUCCAUGUCUUUGGGGACUACGACUUUGCAGGCCACGUCAUCUCGCUCCAGGAAGGCCAGCUGCUGCCCAUGCCCAGCGUCCUGAAGUCGGAAGUGGGCAGCAAACUCAAGCUGGGGCCCUUCAACCUCCAGGACCCCUUUGAGCUGAGCCACAACGUGGCCGCCAACGUCAAUGAGAAGACGGCGCAGCGGUUCCAGCGCUGCUGCCAGGUGGCCGCCAAGUAUUGCCGCAGCUUGCAGUACCAGCGCAAAUCCAGCAAAGGCAAGAUCUGGGGCUUGGUGCGCCUCUUCCAACUGGGCACUGCCGAGGCCGAGGUUCUGGCUGCCACUGGGUUUGUCAUCAAUUUCCCCCUGACCCUGGCAGCGCUGCCUGCCGAAAGCCGCAAGCUGCUGUGCCAAGCUGGGGAUUUCCAUCAGCAGUGGUUCCGGAAAGUCUGUGCCAGCAUCACCUUUGUCUUGCGGGAUGUGCUCAAAUGUAGCUGCUUGGAGGUGCAAGAGGGGUUAGAGCAGGAACAACAACCAGCAGUGACUGAGUGUAAACAGGGAGAACAGCAGACAGAAGUGAGAGCUGAGCAGCCGAUGGCAGGGCGCAAGCGCUCCCUGGAUGAAGAGGAAGCAGCAGGUUCGUCCUCCCCUUCUCCUAAGAGGCCACGAACAGAUACUUUGCUCCCAGAGGGCCAAAGCAUGACUUGGAACUGUGCCGUCUGGCACAAGGUGUGGCUGGGACGCCGCCGGGUCAGGCGACAGCUCCGGGGGCCACAGCCCGACCCGCAGCAUGCAGCUGGCUCUCUGGAGAUGGAGGCGAAAGUAUCAGAGGCCAUUUCCCAGCAGGCGGGGGAGGCGAGGCCCACGGACCCUUUGUUCCAGUUCACCGUUCACGCCCAAGCAGGGGCCAGUGCUUCUGGCGAGCGAGACACGCGCCUCAGCUUGUGCUUUGAGCCAGCUCCUGAGCAGGCGGCUGCCUUCCAAGAGUUCUUCCACUUCUUGCAAGGGUUCUUGCCCCGAGCGGUGGAGCAGCAGCUGGCGAGCGAGGCCUGAGCCCACCGACAGAGGGGCGGCUCUCCCAAAAGAGAGGGCGUUUGUAUUGCUUUUGAACGGCAGACCGAUUUGUAUGGUGUUUCCCCCCUUUUAUGAGAAUAAAAGGCGUGAAUGACAAGGAGAUUCCCAGUCUUUUUAGCUGUUCUGAAUCUGUGAUUUGUAUUAAUAUCGCUGUGCCCCAUUUAAAGCUUCU